AAGCUACUGACCUGACACUCUUACAAAGCUUCCAAGAUCCGUACAAUUAAGGUGGAGAUUUACCAGUUGGGAAGACAUGACUUUCUACAAUGGGGUAUUUCCUUUUUACCCACAUGAACGGAGGAAAUGGGUCUUUAGCGUGGACACUAUUAUUGUCAUCAUUGUGUUUUUGGUGUUUGCUUUAGCUUUUAUCCUCAUCAUCCCAGGAAUAAGAGGCAAAGCAAGACUAUCAUGGAUAUGCAGAGUUAUAAUAAGCCUAUUUAUUGGAGUUGUUACAGUCGUUGUAAAUUUUACAGCUGAUUGGGAGGUUGGAUCAGUUAAUUCCGUAACUACAUAUAAAUCAUUCAGUAAUUCCACGGUGAAUGCAGAUAUUGGAGUACAUGUCGGCCUUAGUGGAGUUAAUAUAACCUUAAAAGGCAAUCCCAUUAAUCAAAUUAAUGAGACAAUUGACUAUAAUGAGCAAUUUCUGUGGAGUUUUGGAUCAAAUUUUAAUGAAUAUUACUUUGAUGGUCUGCAAAAAGGACUCCCUAAUCCCAUACUAUAUGUGGCAGAGAAAUUUACUCAGAAUGAUCCUUGUGGUAUAUUUAGCCAGUAUAGGAUAUCCAGUCACUAUGCAUCAGCUUGCAUGUGGGUGGCAUUCUGCUCCUGGAUUAUCUGCAAUAUACUUUUCUCCAUGUCAGUGUUCAUAUAUGGAGCUUACAUGAUACUUGUGACGGGAGCGUUUAUGCUGUUCUCCUUGAUUUCCUUCUCCACAGUGAAGAAUGUAACAUUCUGUAAUAUACAGUUUGGUUCGGAGACUCUAAAAACCACAUUUGGAGGCUCUUUCUGGCUAAGCCUGGCUGUAGGUCUUCUUUGCUUCGCUAUUGGAAUAACAUUAAUUGUUUUAAAUUGGUGUGUUCCUGAAAAACUGAAGUUAUUUUUUAAUGCUAUUGAAGAUGAUGAGGACUCAACAUCAAGAUCCUCUGAUAAUGAGCACUGUCAUAAUAAUUUGGCUUUUGAGCAUGUAUGAUUACAAAGUGACUUUCUAGACAUUUUAUAUACGGUAGUCUUGAUUUUUAAAAUCAUACUGCAAAAGUCUCAAGCAACCUAAAGUUUGUUGUGGAUUUAUUUAUUUAUUACUGGCUAUCAAGAAAUUGGCCACAUGUAGAAGAUGAAGAAUUUACUGGACCAAUUGCUUAAUUCCCAAAUAUGCAAGGUCACUUCAGUUAUCUACAGUAUAAGUAAAAUUCUAUGAACAUUUUGAAAAUACAUUAAGAAGUUUAUGCACUGAAUCACUAAAUGCCAGACAAUUGGUUACCUUUAUUGUGACUACAUUUCUGCUGCCUCCGUCAGUGAUGUGAGCCUACCAUUUUUGUCUUUAUUAAUAAAACUUGUU